CGGGGGCCCAGACACAGGGAAGCGGGGCUCGCGGGCGGGCGGCGGUUGAUGGAAGAGAGAAUGUCGGGAGACAGUGCAGUGAGCCCAGUUCCUGCGGCAACGACUCGCACCACCUCCUUCAAGGGCAACAGCCCCAGCUCCAAGUACGUGAAGCUGAACGUGGGGGGCGCCCUGUACUACACCACCAUGCAGACCCUGACCAAGCAGGACACCAUGCUGAAGGCCAUGUUCAGCGGCAGGAUGGAGGUGCUGACGGACAGCGAAGGCUGGAUCCUGAUUGACCGUUGUGGGAAGCAUUUCGGGGCCAUUCUGAACUACCUGCGGGAUGGGGCUGUGCCGCUGCCUGAGACCAACAGGGAAAUAGAGGAGCUACUGGCAGAGGCCAAGUACUACCUGGUGCAGGGGCUGGUGGAGGAAUGUCAGGCAGCCUUUCAGCAGAAGGAAACUUACGAACCUUUCUGUAAAGUUCCUGUGAUAACAUCAAACAAGGAGGAGCAGCGAUUGAUAGCAACCUCAAAUAAGCCUGCAGUUAAACUGUUAUACAACAGAAGCAACAACAAAUACUCCUACACCAGUAACUCGGAUGACAAUAUGCUGAAGAACAUCGAGCUGUUUGACAAGCUGUCCCUGCGCUUCAAUGGGAGGGUCCUCUUCAUAAAGGACGUGCUCGGAGACGAGAUCUGCUGCUGGUCCUUCUACGGGCAGGGCCGGAAGAUCGCGGAGGUGUGCUGCACCUCAAUUGUCUACGCCACUGAGAAGAAGCAAACCAAGGUUGAGUUCCCCGAGGCCCGGAUCUACGAGGAGACGCUGAAUAUCUUGCUGUAUGAGACGCAGGACGGGCGAGGCCCUGACGACGCUCUGCUGGAGGCCACUGGGGGGGCAGCCGGGCGAUCCCACCAUCUGGAAGAGGAUGAGGAGCGGAUAGAGAGGGUCCGGAGGAUUCACAUCAAGAGACCGGAUGACAGGUCCCACCUGCACCAGUGAGCGAGCGAGCGAAUGCUCAGCUCCCGUCACACUCAGCCGCUCUCAACCUUAACUCUUUACUCUUACCCCGACACCCCCCCCCCCAUCCUCCUCACCGACCCCCAUUCAUAUCAGAGGAGACUCAAAAAAGAGUGAGAAAAAAAAACAUCUAUCGUCUCACGGGUUAACGGAAAGCUCGGUGAGAGAAUCGGAAGCUGAAGUCUUAAUGCCGUGUGAGAAAGGUAUGAACAAAGCCCUAGGACAACAAGCGCUCUUCAACAUACAGCCUUCCCUUCCAAGUCGUCUUAAAUCACAGCCUCCUCACUGAAGGGGCAGUUAAAACUCGCCUAGUUUUCACAUAACCUGUUCCUACAGAAUAAUACGUAUUUUUUUCCCCCACCUAAGACCAAAGGGCGCGUUGAAAUGUGUGCCGCGGUUAAUGUUGCCUUCUGCGUGGAAUUGACGGAAAUCAAUCCAUUAAUUCUGUAGAAUUCCUUCCCCCGACACACACCUACACCUGGGCCAUAGGUGUUCAAUGCAGGCUCUAUUUUACCCACACCCCAUUCCUUGUAAAUGACAUUUACUGUAUUUACACACGUUUAUUUAGUCCAGAUUAAGUUUCAGUGUUUGCGUGUGCACCGUAUUCAACAUACGGUUUCGUCUUUCUUAUCACCCACAAGUGAAUCACUUCAAAAGAUGCUUUUAACCUUCAAAAAAAAGUGGUUCCUUCUCUCAUGUGUUCCCUUGUCUCCUGUGAAUUGUAUUUUGUUUGUACAGUGCGUGUUUCUGUUGCCUUCUAUUGUGGAUUUGGGUUUGAGUUUAAGACGUUGUCAGCAGGCGAAUCGGGAAGGAGUUUAAAGACUCAACAUCAAGUGUGAAUGAGAUACACAGGCAAUUGAGGGAACCAAAAGGAAGGCUGGGGAAGUGUUAGAAUCCAACCGUAAAAGCUAUAAAACCCACAGAGAUUGUA